CGACGACAACUCACUCUUUGCAGCCCCAAAACACCACAAGCCGUAUCCACUUCAUAGGGGCAUCUUUCGUAUAUCUUUAUCCUUACUGUCGUCAAAGCCCACAGUCUAUCUUGACGGCUGUUUUGCCAUCUGAUCAUCAAAACCGGAGCAGUGGAGAGCAAGUCUGUGAUACUAUCCCAUGCGUUUCAUUCUUCCUCGGCUUUGGCAUUGAAAAAUUCAACCUUCCCGUCGCCCCAAUUGCAGUUACAGGCUGACAAACAUGGCUGAAUUUGGUGCUGGAAGUUCAAUCGGUAUCAUCUGCCUAGGAAUACACGUCUGCCAAGGCCUCGUGCAGUAUUAUGGAUCCUGGAGGGAUAGCCGCAAAGACAUUGCAACAAUGUGCAAGUCGGUGGACAACUUAACUGACACAUUGAAAGCCUUGAAAAAGAACAUUGAUGGUAAAUCCCUGGCUGGAGAUGUUAUAAAGAAUGUUCAAAGCAGCAUCGUAGCCUGCACAAGCGGCAUUCAAGAGCUUCAGGAUGAGUUGGCCAAAGUCCAGGAGGUCAAAGGAUCCAAUGUUCUGUCUAAGGUUCAUGAACACGGGAGGCGCCUUGUGUAUCCAUUUAGAGAAAGCACCUUGCUCAAAUUGAGAGAGAUUGUCUCCGAUAUUCGCGGUAGUCUAGGCCUUGCGAUGAAUACGCUUCAUUUGGAACAGCUAGACCAUGUGUCUACUCAAAUCGAGGAUAUGACGAUUGAAAUCAAGAAGGUCGGGGAUGACUUUGGCAUUUUGAAUAAAUUUAUCGUUUCUCGUCACACGGAUCAAGAGAGUCAAGCUAUAAUUGACUGGCUAUCCCCUUUGAACUUCUUCAUAACACAGAAAGACACGCUACGCAGGCGACAAGACGGGACAGGAGAAUGGCUCUUCGAAGCCCCUGAAUUCAAAGCAUGGUUAUCUGGUACAGAGAAGAUUCUAUGGUGUUCGGGACUGCCUGGGGCAGGCAAAACUAUUUUGGCGUCAGCUAUAAUCGAUAAGCUCGAAAGACACUUCACCUCUUCAAAUAUUGGACUGGCCUUCAUAUACUGCAACUAUAAAGAGCGCGACGGCCAAACACUUACAAAUCUCAUCGCAAGCCUUGUUCAGCAGCUUGUCCAACGCAGUAGUACUAUCCCUGAUGACGUUCGUGCACUCUACGCACACCACAACCACCAAAGAACGCGACCAGGCUUUGAAGAGUAUUCUAGGAUACUUCGGUCACUAAUUGCUACUUUCACUGACGUAUAUAUUGUGGUCGAUGCCUUGGACGAAUGUGACUGGAGCAAUGGAGCGAGGAUGAAACUUAUCAAGGAGCUACAAGAAUCAUCAGCAAAUCUGCUCUGUACUUCUCGACACCUUGGUGACAUCGAGCAAAGCUUUGCCAAUUAUUCUCGUCUUGAAAUCCGCGCAAGCGAUACGGAUGUGACAAAAUUUCUUCAAGCACGGAUCUCAGAGGAAGGUAGCCUAGUUGAGUUCUGUGGAAGAGAUAAGACUCUGGAAGGCACAAUCGUUGAGAAGAUUAUUGAAAAGGCUAAUGGAAUGUUCCUGCUGGCUCAGUUGCACGUUCAAUCUCUGGCGACGAAGAAUACCCUCAAAAGGGUUCGGAAAGCGUUGAAUGAUCUACCAGAGGAGCUAGAUGAAAUAUAUAAUGCAGCCUUGGAAAGGAUCCAAAAUCAACAUAAAGACAGAUCGGAGCUGGCGAUGAGAAUGCUGUCCUGGAUAACUUACGCCUUGAGACCCCUAAAAGUUGGCGAGAUUCAACACGCAAUGGCCGUCAUGGAUCUUGAGCCUGAUGAGACCUGCCUAGAUGAGGAAGAUCUUCCUAGUGAAGCUUUACUGAUUACCCUUCUUGGCUAUGCUUCUCGCAACUGGGGUAAUCAUGCUUAUGGAGAUCCAGAGGAAAAAAUCAAAGGAGAAGUACGGGAAUUUUUCAACCACAACUCCUUGGUAUCUAGCACGGUUCAAGCUAUGAGCCCAAUUACUUCUCCCUAUCGCGAUUGGAGUCAGAGAUUUCCGAGCGAAGUUCCUGGAAUAGUAAUUGCGGCGGCAUUUGGGUUGACGGUAGUAGUCGAUAUGAUGUUACAAUUGGGAAACAGCAUUGAAGGGAAGGGCAGCGAUAUGCAAACGGCGCUGCACCUGGCAGCUUGCAAUGGGCAUGAGGCGGUCGUCAAGCUACUGCUCGCGGCGGGGGCAGACGUCGAGGCCAAGGAUGAUGAUAGCUGGACUGCGCUAUACCGCGCAGCUUUUAACAGGAACGAGGCGAUUACUGCGCUAUACCGCGCAGCCUUUAUGUGGAACGAGGCGAUCCUCAAGCUGCUGCUCGCGGCGGGAGCCUCUUUCUAA